AAACUAAUUCCACCAAAACGACUAAAUCAUCUAAAUCGGUGAAAUCUCGUAAUUCGACGAAAUCAAUGAAUUCGACUCUUUCUGGGAGAUCCUCCGAAGAUAAUACAGCAAUGGAUUGUUAUCAAUGUAGAUCGGAUUUAAAUGGAAGUUGUGCUGAGGAAAAACCAUCUGCUGCUUAUUUAACACCAUGCCCAUCUUUUGAAAAUACGGACACGGUGGAAUUAAUGGAUAAUACUGUAAAAAGUAAAGACGUGUGGUGUCGAAAAAUUAUCCAAAACACCGCAUUCGUUAACGAUACACCAACUAUAACGUAUAUCAGAGAGUGUACGGCUUUUCACAAAAGCGCUCAACAGUGUUAUUACGAAGUAACCCAACUUUUUUCGAUAACUGUUUGCGAAUGUAACGAUAAAAUGGGAUGUAACGUUGCGAGUGAUCUAAAUGAAAAUACACAGUUGUUGGGUUUUAUGGUUAAUUUGAUUGUUGUUGUGUAUUUUUUAAUGAAAUAAAUGUCUUUUUU